UUCCGCUAGAGUUCAAGCUUCACGUUGUUUUGAGCGAAACAUCCAAUUUACCGGCUUUAUAGUAACGUGGGUGAGCUACUGUUGAUAGUUAUUGUUGUAUUUGUAAAUAGUUAUCACGUAACCAGGAUGGAUUCCGACGAUACAGUGUACAGGCCGACUACCACACAAGAAACGAAGUCGAAGAAGUGCUUCCAGAUACCAUCGAGACAUUUGGAUAAAACCAGGUUUGCCAUUAAAGUCAUCGAGGUGCUCCUGUCCUCUGUGGCCUUCAUCCUGCAGGAGGUGGUGGAAGCCUGUUCGUCCUGCUUUCCGCUCUACUUCUUCGAGUUCGUCAGUUGCUUGGCCUUACUGUUCACCAUCCUCCUCCUUGUCUUACUCUCCACCGACUUGCACCGGACAGUGCACAUCACGUGCUGGCCCAGCCUGGACCUGGUGUACACAGCAGCAGUAGCGUUCUUGUUCCUGAUUGCAUCCAUCACAUUCCUCGCUGAUAAUGAAGGAAGUCAACUGGAGAGGGCAGCAGCGGUUUUUGGGUUGCUGGCGACAGUUGCAUUUGCGGUGGAUGUAGCAGUACACAUCAGGACUAAAGAUGUGCCUUUCUGUAAGAGUGGAGAAGCACAGAACAGCUCCCAGAGGGCAGCGUCGGAGGCGGAGAAACUCAAUUCCAACGGGGGGAACGAAGUACUGCAGUCCACAUGAAUGAGGAUUUUUCUAUCAAGGAGAAUGCCAAACAGUCUGCCAUUUGCAGUACCAGUCAAAAGUGUGGACACACCUACUC